AGUGAAAACGCUAGCGGUUACUUCAAGGAAGUAGUGGAAGUUGAAGUGGGAGGAUAUUUAUUUGACAGCAGCCUUUACAGUUUGGUAAUACGUCUGCGUAUUUAAUAUAACAGUUAAGCAAAGGUCAUGUGUUUAAAAUAGCGAGUAAAUUUUUUCUAUCUAACGGUGGUUUCUCUCGCGGUAAACGGUGUCUGAUAUCGCGAGCGCUCUUGACAGUGGUGCAUGUGCGUCUAUUCACGCUCAGUUAAAGCUGUUUCUCGGGCGGAUAGGUCUGCCUACUUAGGGUUUCAGUUUUCUCACUUUCUUUAAGGAGCAUUGGAUUUCUACUGCGUAAGAUUAUGAAUUCGGGCCACAAUGUGGAGCGCGUGAGUGAUGGAGCUGGAAGUGCAGGCAGAUGCGUUGAGGAUGACGCGCAUUCAGACAGACCUGCAGGCGGAGAGUCACUGAUGGUGGCCGAAGAGAGACAUCCGAGAUCUGCCAGUCCCCGCGGUGUGAACGGGGACGAUGACUCUGAAGCGGAGUCCCACCAGGACGGCCGUAACGUGGCUGUGGACCCGGAUACUAGAAGGAGGGCGUUUAGCUGGUGCCGUGACUUUCUUUCCGGAUCAUGGAAGGCUAUAUCUGUAAAUGACUUUCAGAUCAAAAUAGUCAGUGGAGGACUCAGUAACCUGCUGUACAUGUGCAGUUUACCCGAUGAUGUUGAGCCCACCGGAGUCGAACCUCGACGAGUUCUGCUCCGGAUCUACGGGGCCAUUCUACAGGGAGUGGAUUCAAUUGUUUUGGAAAGUGUGAUGUUUGCCAUUUUAGCAGAGAGAGAGUUGGGCCCACGUCUCUAUGGCAUUUUCCCAGAAGGCCGUCUAGAGCAGUACUUGCCCAGUGAUCGCUUGCGUACGGAGCAGUUGGGGUUCCCAGAGAUCUCAGCUGAAAUAGCCAGUAAAAUGGCACGAUUCCAUGGGAUGGAGAUGCCGUUCAACAAGGAACCCAAAUGGCUGUUUGGCACCAUUGACCGGUACAUGGAACAAGUUAAAACAAUAAAAUUUGUGCGUGAAGCUCACAUCAAGAAAUUCAACAAGCUAAUUAAGUAUGAUCUUCCUGCAGAACUGGAGAAUCUGAGGUCACUGCUGACAGCUACUCCCUCUCCAGUCGUGUUCUGUCAUAAUGACGUACAGGAAGGCAAUAUCCUCAUGUUGGAUGGCCGGGAGAAUUCAUCUGACAAACUAAUGCUUAUUGAUUUUGAAUACAGCAGCUAUAACUACAGAGGCUUCGAUUUUGGGAAUCAUUUCUGUGAAUGGAUAUAUGACUACACGUAUGACCAGUGGCCCUUCUACAAGGCAAAGGUGGAGAAUUACCCUAACAGACAACAGCAGUUACAUUUUAUCAGACACUAUCUGUCAGAAAGGAGGGGUGUUGCACCUGCAGACCAAGCCAGGAUAGAAGAGGACAUGAUCAUUGAGGCAAACCGGUUUGCCCUAGCGUCUCAUUUCCUCUGGGGUUUGUGGUCCAUUAUUCAAGCCAAGAUCUCCAAAAUCGAGUUUGGAUACAUGGACUAUGCACAGCACAGGUUUGACACAUACUUCAAACAGAAGAAGCUCUUUUCCUAAAUCGCACUUGCAGCAUGAGCUUCAGGAUAUCAUUUUGCAUCACCUAUUGUUUAGGUAUAGUUUUUUUUUUAACCAUUCAAGAAAGGGCACAGUACAAACAAUCAAGACUUUUUAAAUAACGGUUAAUCCUGGGGAACAUUAAUCUUAAAUCAUGAAAAAGUCCAAAGAGACCCUGCCUUAAAUUCACAUUGUAGGGUUUUAUAGUUGUUUUUGUCCCUUCCAAAAAACUUGUGGUAAAAUGUUACAAAUUAUCUGCAACUUGUGACUGAAACCUAGAUAUAAUUCUUCUUGUACAGUUUGUACGUCUUCAUUGUACAAGGCAAACUGUAAAAUUAAUUUUGUCAGUUUAUUUAUUACAAUGUAACUACAUUUUUUGAAUAUUUAAUGUGUGUUUACAUUUUAUCUAACUUGUGUGUGGUCAACAUUAUCUAUUAAUUCUAUCAAGAAUCAAUCCAUCCAUCAUAAUUUCUGUGUAAACCACAGGGUCCAAAUGAUGUCGUCUCAUUUUUGUGUCCUAGAUUCAUAUACUAUAUUUGUUUGUCUCGUCAUCUGAAACCAAAAACAAUGUAGUAGUUUGCUUAUUUUUCCUCCCCCAGAGUUUAAAAAUAUUCAUCAUAUUGGAUAAGGAUGCAGAUCAUAUUGCAUCCUUCCAAAUAUUAACAUACUGUGAAAUACAUUACACGUCUUUUUUUAAACAUUGAGUCACUGUCAAUUCGUUUCAGAAUGGCACAUAAAAUACUCUUUUUCUAUGAUAUGAUUUGAUGGCUAUAUUUCAUUUAACUUUAAAUUGAAAAAAAUAUUAAUAAUUGGAAAUAAUGUUUUGAGCUAUGCUUUUGUGUUUUAUUUAGGAUUUGACCAGUCUUUGCUCUUUCAUAUUGAUAUGUGGCAAUAACUAAUGUCUGCAGCCAUCUACUAAACAUUUUUAUAUAGGUUUAUAUACAGUUUGAACUGCACAUUAAGGAAAUGCCACCUCAAGAACAGAAGUUUAAUUACUAACAAAUGCCUCUGUCCCAUUUCUAAACACAAAGUUAUUUUAUGUAACUGUUGAUGUGGUUUUCUGUUUUUGAUUGUUUUAUGCUUAUUUAUAUUUUUUACUUGUCCAAAGCAAGUAUACUGUAUUUUAAGUUCAACCAAAUGGUAAAACCAUCUCUGUAUAAGUCUUCAACUGAAAAGUGUCAAAAGAAGAAAAAUACAAAUAAAGGAUAGUAGCAUUAUACAGUGAAUCAGUGGGAUCAUCAGCUUAAGAAUCCAGGUAUUUUGUAGGAAUCAUGUUGGAGAAUCUGAAUGGUCAAACUGAUGCUCUUGUAUUUGUCCCUGUCUAUAAACAAUUGUAUCUGUAUAAUUUUCACAAUGUUUUAUUUCCUGUAUUAGCAAGUUCAGAGACAAAAAGAACAUUGAGAGACCAUGAAUGUUGGAGGCUAGACCAAUUUAACAUGCUUCCAAUAUCACUGUUGAUAUUGAAUCUGUGAUUCUUAAUAUUGAGUUAAGAAGCAAUGACACUGUUAGAAGCAAUGUUCAUUUCUGUAAUUGCUUUGGCCAAUUCAAGUUAUACUGUAGACUCGUCUCUGGUAUGUUUCCUUUUGUUCUUUGAAAAUGCAGGUAUCCAUUCAUUUUGCUCAUUAAAAAUCAUACUGACA